AUGUCCCGCGUGGGGGUAGCGGGGUGGAGUCUGCAGUGGAUACUCAGGAGGCCCCAGCCAAGAGCGGAGAGGCUCCUCCUGCAUGAGCCUGGGGCCCCUGGGUCCAGUCGGGGGGGCUUUCCCAGAGCGCCCGCAUGUCACGGGCACCCCACGGCCAGAACCACCUCGCCCACUGACCGUACCACGCGGCCACCCCUGGGGCUCCAGCUUCCUCUUCCCGUGUCGCUAGUUUUGCUCACAGACCCGCAGUCAACAGGGCGGGAGAAGACAGUCCUUGAGCUCAUACAGACGCAGCCCGGCCUCAUCCGUCCUGACCAACGGCCAGUCAGCUCCCAGGAUGUGGACCUUUGA